CCUUCAAGAGGCUGGAGUUUGUUGAACCCCAAAGUUAACUUCACCCCCUCGAUUCGCAAUCCAUGAGCAUUACAACCACACACUCUGUCCUUAGCGCGACGAGCUGCGACCAAUUUCAACAAGACACCCACGCCCAAGUUGUGCAAUCAUGAUGAAUGCCAACGGACGAAGUCGACCGGCGGACGAAGACGAGGCAGUACCUUUACUGAACCCCAUCGACAGCGAGCCCUCACGCCCCCCAAGUAACAGCACUAGGAGGCUGGUCUGGUCCCAACAUCUAUUGUGCGUUUAUCAUGCAGCAAUGAGGACGGCCCCACAGCUCAUCAACAUAAAGGUUCUUUGGAUCUUCGCGCCGCUUGGCCUCACCUCCCAAGUCCUCCACUGGAACUCAAUAUCGACUUCCAUCUUCAACUUUUUGGCCAUCAUCCCUCUCUCGGCAGCAGUGUCGGACGCAUCAGACAAGCUCUCAGAUGCAUUUGGAGACUUGCUAGGGGCAUUGAUUAAUGCGACCUUUGGGAACGCCGUGGAAUUGAUUGUCGGUAUUCUGGCCGUCGUCCAUGGAGAUACAGCCUUCGCCCAGUCUAUCAUGCUAGGAAGCAUUCUAUCGGAUAUUAUUUUCGUUCUUGGCAGCUGCUUUUUCUCCUCUGCGUGGCGAACACCUAUCCUUGAGCUCAAUAGAGCUGUGUCUGGCACCUUGUCUUCAUUGAUGAUCAUUACAGCCACGGCUCUCGUCCUUCCGACGGCGUUAUACUCUACAUUUGAGACCUCGAAACCAGACGACAUCGACAAGCAGAUUUUAGGCUUCUCUCGUGGUACCGCUGUCGUUCUACUUGUGCUCUACAUUGCGUACCUUUAUUUCGAGUUCGUGAGCCACAAGGAACUCUUCGAAGGCAAGCCAGACGAAAGCGCUGCGCAUAAUGGCGGAGGCGACAGUAGCGCGCCUACAACGCCGGUAACUCGACGGGGAACUUGGCUAGACACACGGCGGGACAGAGAGCAGGGCGGAAGCGACAGUGGCGUGUCUACACCGGUAACUCGACCGGGAACUUGGCUAGACACACGGCAGGACACACGACCAGAAACAGAGCAGGACACACAACAGGACACGGAGCUGGACACGGAGCUGGACGCGCAGCAGGACGCGCCCUCAAUAAACAGUCUUCUUACCACUUUCGCUGCCCUCAUCUGUUCUGCCGCUGGCAUCAUGUUCUGCUCACACUUCCUCCUCGACAGCAUCAACACAACAUCCGAAGCCACGCACAUCAGCAGAACCUUCAUCGCCACCAUCCUCAUCCCCAUCGCAAGCAAUGCUCCGGAAUGUGCUGCCGUAGUAGGAGCAUCCCGGAGCGGCAGAAUCGACUUCGCCGUCGGGGUAAUCGUCGGUAGCAUCUUGCAAAUCGCGUUGUUUGUUAUUCCCGCUCUAGUGAUUCUGGGUUGGGUCGUCCACCAACCUAUGACCUUGAACUUCGAGACGUUCCAGACUAUUAUACUGUUUUUGGCUAUCCUGUUAGUCAACCAUUUGCUUCAGAAUGGAAAAUACACUUAUAUGCAUGGCCUGCUAUUGGUGGCAUGGUACGCCGUGAUUGCCGUUGCUUUCUUUUUGCGUGACGACAUAUAGCAGUGGGACCUUGCCUUUCUAGAUGCACUGAAGAAUGGAUUUGGCAGCGUGUCAGUAUACGGUGUAGGUGAUUGUUUUCACUAUACAAGUAAUAAAACAGACUUUGCAAUGACAUCUCUUGCUUGUGUA